GCCUUAAUUUUAAUAUCCGGUCACACUUGGACAAAAAUUAAAACUGAUAAACAUUUAAUAAAAUAAAUAUGAGUGGGGCUCACAGAGAGGCGAUUCAAAAACAAAUCCAUCAGGACUGGGCGAAUAGGGAGUACAUCGAGGUCAUAACAGCCAGCAUAAAGCGAAUUACCGACUUUCUUAACUCGUUCGAUAUGUCCUGUCGAUCACGGUUGGCCGUACUAAACGAAAAGCUCACGAUCCUCGAGCGACGCAUAGACUACUUGGAGGCGUGUGUAGCCCAGGGCGAAACAUUAACGUAAAUGCCCUGCCCUUUCUUCUGCCCUCACUCUUACACUAAGCUUUGUAAAUUUAUAAGAUAAUUAAAAAUACUGAUAAAAUAUUGAAUAUUCUUUUGUCUAACCAUGUGAAUUUUCGCCGAAUGCGUUUGCCAUGACACGAAAAUAAUAAUUUGUAAUACAUUGUUUGGUCUUUGAAGGACGGAAUUUCAUGGUUGAGUUAUCAGCCGGCCACUGGUUUCGUUUCAUUGCCCCUUUUAAGAAUUAAUAUAAGUAAUAAUUCAAAAGCAGA